AUGUCGCAGUUUUUGACGCUGCUCCUCCUCAUCAUCCUAUCAACUGUGGCGAUCCAACAAGUCCCACUCGUGAGCUGCAGACAAUGGUGCAUGGCGAUGCGGAGUGCGACAAAUGAACAAUUACAAUCCAACAUCGACUUCGCUUGCAGCAACGGCGUCGACUGUAGCCCGAUCAAACCCAGUGGAAGUUGCUUUGAACCUAAUAAUAUGGUAGACCAUGCGUCCUUUGUCAUGAACGCUUAUUACCAUAGUCAUGGUCGUACCGUAGACGCUUGUAGGUUCGGCGGCACCAGUUGCUUUGUCUUUGUCGACCCAAGUUAUGACUCAUGUGUCUACUACACUUAA